GGUUUUCCAACUUCUCGGUAAACUUGUAUCCUCCUUUAACCUGUCAAAAACAAAAUACAUAACAAAAAAAAAACCGCAAAAAUAUUGCCGCAAGAACAACAACUAAUGGGAGCAAGGACAAAACAAACUGAGAAAAAUCAAUAAAAACUCUCAUUUUUAAUAUUACUUGCAAAUGUUUGUGCGUAUGUCCUGUUAAUUGCAUUUAUAAACGGAAAGGCGUAUUUACUUUGUUGCAGUCCAGUGAAAGGACUUCAAAUCAUUUUUUAAAUUAAAAUACGUAAAAGCAAACGGGAAGGAUGUACAGCACAGAAAAUAUACGAAGUUGUUAAAUUUUUUAUUAAAUAUAAAACAAGUUUUACAAAAACUUAUCAAAGAUUUGUCAGUUCAUGAAAUAUUUAUUCUAAACAAAAUGGUCAGUAAACUUGCAAUAAAUAACGAAGUAAACGUUGUCAAGGACCGCCCAGUUUUCAUACCACCAAGAAAGCGUCAAUCUUCAAAGAAGACAAAUGGAGCACAGAACUAUGUUGACCAUAUUGUUAAUGUACAGCAUCGCCAAAAACUCUCACCAUCUAAUCCAGGACUUGAGGAAGAUCUAUUAAAAACAUCUUUAAUUUUAAAAAAUAAACAGCCACUGCCACAAAUACCUGGAAUUGCUACUGUUGACACAAAUAUCGAGGAAAAAUCAGUUCACUCUCUACAUCAAAGUACAAAAUCGUCACAAUCAGUUGAUAAUAUAUACGAAGAUGAUAAUGAGUUGCGAAAUUUUGAUAAUAGUCUAAAACCGCAUAAUCACCAUUUUGAGAGUUCAACUGUUACACCGACGAGUUUUUCGGAAAGUAGUCUUGAUGUAAAACUAAGUAAGUCCCACGAUUGUUUAAGUAAUCGUUCCGCAUCUAAAAAACGUGUAAAUAUACACACCGAUUUACCUACAUAUCAACUACGUAAUAGCCCAAGACUUUCACCUGAAAUAGCCAAUUAUGAAGAUGUUGAGUCUGGUGAAACAAGUGUACUCAAUAUUGACAUGCAGAGUCUGGAACGGUUUAAUACAAGACGUUCAAUGGAUAGUAACUAUUUAACAAUGACUGGCACUAUUAAACGUGGACGCAAGAAGGGACAAAAUUUGGAUCUACAAAUUAAUAUAAGCCGAGAAGAAUUAGAACAAAUCAAUGCUACUGCCAUUGCGACUGAAGUAAAGAAGAAACAAAAUCUAUGCUUCACUUGUUCCUUAAAUACUGGUUUGCAUAUCCUACUUUUAUCACUUGUGAGUCUUCCAUUUGUAACAAUAAUUUCAAGCAUAUACUCAUUUUACAUUGGCACAUUAACCUGGUAUAAUAUGUUCAGUCUCUUCAAUGAGGAGAAGUCAUAUUUGCAUAGAGUUUUUAUGAGUCCGAUAUUAAUAAUAGCAUAUCCAGUUGGUAUUAUUCUUUGCACAGUCGGUUUAGGAAUUUAUGCUGGCAUUGUGCAGAUUAGUUUACAAUUUAAUAGUUGGUUAAACGAGGUAGCAGAUAUUGAAAAAGGUUUUUAUGGUUGGUUGUGUUCCUUUUUGCACAUGUCAGAUUGUAGUCCAUAUGAGGUUAUUAUUUUGACGGAUAUACGUUUGCCUAAUGACGAAGAAACGCAAAGACACCACGUGAAUACUUCAACAGAGGAAUUAUCAUUGUAAAUGAUAGCAUUACUGCUAUAUCAGAUUGAAUGGGAUAGUGUCCGAAGCCGUCGUCGUAGCAAGUGAUAUACGAAUAGAACUGUGGUUUAAUGUAACAAAAAUAAUAAUGAAUAUAUACAAACCAAAUACAAAUCUUAGUCAAUACAAAUUUAUUUAAUAAUGGUUUUGUAUUUUCAACAAAAAUGGGUGAUAACAGCCAGUUAAUGUGAACUAAGUUUCCUUUACGUAAAUUUUUAAUUCCUCUUUGAAACAAAAUUUAAGUAGUUUUCUAGUCGCAUAGCUUGUAAGAUUUCGUAAACGAUUUAAACGAUUUACAGUUAUAUGAUUUUAUUAAAAAUAAUUAGCAUAAAAAGUUUCUAAUUACACAUAAACCAAAGAUUAUACAUAUACAACUCUAUAUAUACAAAAUAACAAAAAUUAAAUAUUUUUC